AUGAGGACUGUGUUAUGGGUGGUGUUAUUCUUGAUGUGUACUUUUGCUCCAGCCUUAUCAGACAACAAUGAGAAAGAUUCGGAAGACACUGCGUUAAGAACAGGGCAAGUGAUUACGAUAGAUGAAGCAGACAGCUUAGUAGAUGCCAACGAUCUAUUUGGACCGAGUCUUGCAAAUACUAUUGCACAAGUUUCACCAUCGAGUAACGUGUUGGGAACAUAUAGUAAUGCUAAUGCUCAAGUGUUUGGUGAAGGAUAUACCCCUUUGAAUAGUCCAUACAAUGGAGCAGGAAAUUUUGGACCAAGUUUUUCCACCAGUACUCAAGCUCAAGCUUUGGCCGAAACUUUAGCUGAAGCGCAAGCUUUGGCUGAAACGCAAGCUUUAGCUGAAGCGCAAGUUUUAGCUGAAACGCAAGCUUUAGCUGAAGCUCAAGCCCAAGCUCAAAGCUUGGCUCAAGCUCAAGGCCAAAUUCAAGCCCAAGCUCAAGCUCAAGCUCAAGCUCAAGCUCAAGCACAAGCUCAAACUCAAGCUCAGGCUCAGGCUCAAGCUCAAGCUCAAGCCCAAACUCAAGCCCAAGCUCAAGCUCAAGUGGAAGCCCAAGCCUUACUUAACGCUCACAGACCAAAUAAUUAUGUUCAUCCAAAACUUUCAGAAUAUCUUCCACUACAAAUUCUUUACGAACCAGAAUAUCCCGUCACACUAGGAGCUCAAAACCAAGCCAGCGCCAACGCUGAAGCGUUUGCUAGCACCAAUUCAAAAUUUUCUUCGAGGCCAGUAUCUAGCAAUGAAUAUAUAAGACCGCAACAGCUCUUAGACGCUCCAGAUGUUUACUGUAGAUUUUACGGUGAAUUACUCUACGUUUCGACUUUGGAAUAUGACUGCAUGGUGUGCGCGUGCCUUCAAGAUAUGAACCCCAUUUGUGCCAGCUGUAGUGGAUGUUCCCGACCAUUACCCUCAAUAGCUUCUCAUCCUGCAUCUUAUCCGACUCCUCUGAUUCCAUUAAUAUCAUCACAAUCGUCAAUACCACCGAUAUCAAAAAAAGAUGUCACAUGCAGUCCGCUUCCAAGCAAUCAAGCGUUCCAGAAUCCAUUGAAUCCUUGCCAGAUUUGCAUUUGCGAAGAAAUCAUUGACAUAUUUGGACAUCCUGACGUCAAGAUCCAUUGUGAAGAGAAUACCCAAUGUGUGCCGCUCUGUGACAAAUUCCCAGUGGAUGUUGCUUUCCCUCAUCCUACUGACGUAUGCUUGAUUUGCAAGUGCAUCGUUAUUCCUGUGUCCUUGGUGCCUGUGAAACAUUUGACUUGCUCUCCAAAUCCUAUAUGUGGUAAAACUCUAUAAGUUAUUAUCAUAAUACUUAAAUUUCUCAUUUAUUUAGUCUAGCCAAUGUACUAAAUACAUAUUACAAGCACAUGUGAAAGUCAAAAAUUUAUGCCAUUUGUUCGCAAAUCUAAUAAGGAACACCACGAAAAAUCGAGAAGAAGCACAACGAAUGCUGCAUUUUCCUCUUGAAGAAAUAAUAUAACCUCUAAUCUAUAAAUACAAAAUUAAGUAACAUAGAUCAUGAGAUACAUGUUUUUUACAGAAUCGUCAUAUCCUGCAUCACUCCCUCAACGAACAGUACCAUCUGUUUCACCAGAGUCGAUACCAGCUGUAUUUCCGACUCCUUUACCAGAAAUAGUACCCAUACAGUCUCCAAUUUCUCUACCAGAGAUAGUAUCAGUACCGUCUCAGACUCCAUUUCCAACUUCUAUACCAGAAUUAGCAGCAGUACCGUCUUUAACUUCCUUUCCAUCUCUUGUACCAGAAACAGUCGCAAUUCCAUUUUCGACUCCUCUAUCAGAGAUAGCACCAGUACCGUCUCUAACUCCAUUACAAACUCCUUUACCAGAAACAGUAGCAGUACCGUCUCUAACUCCAUUUCCAAUGCCAAUACCAGAGAUAGUAACACUUCCGUCUCUAACACCAUAUCCAACUCAUAUACCAGAAUCAGUAGCAGUGCCGUCUCUAACUCCAUUUCCGGCCCCUCUACCAGAGAUAGUACCAGCACCGACUCCAACAUCAUUACCGGUACCAGUACCAGCACCAUUGCUGGAAUCAAUACCUCUGUCUCCUAGUCCACUGCCGGGCCCAUCACCGCAUCAAUCAUGUCGACCCUUUACUCCAAAAGUGCCAUUCCAGCACCCAUGGGAUGAAUGCCAGGUCUGCGUCUGCGCCGAGAAUGUUGGCCUUCAAAUUGUCACAAUCGAGAUCAACUGCUACACCAAACCUGACUGCUGUAUAGCAUACGCUGAACCAAACCCGAACCCACAACCUUACUAUAUUGGAGUUGGACCAAGUGGUCAACAAAGAUUAUUACCAAAUCCUAGAGGCUAUCUAACCGAAUCAGAAGGAAGUUCCCUUGCGGAAGCUGACACUAUUACAUCAAAUAAUAAAAAUAGCAAUAAUAAAUCACCUUUCUCGUUUGCUAAUUCUAUUUUACCAGUAGUCUUUUUACCAGGUGUAAGAAAUUAUCCAAAUUUUCCUACAGCUCUUCCAGGAAAGGGUAAACUACCAGUACUUGCAGCGGCUGAAUCCAACUCUUUAGUCAGUAAUGGAUAUGGCAAGCGUUAUCCGGGAGAUUUUUUGAAUUUACUUCAAGGGCAAAAUAUACCUAUAAGCACAGGAUAUAAUAUACUGGGAUACGGAGGUAAACAUGUACCAAGCCAAAAUAAUGCAGAGAAUCAGGCGAACAUUUUGAAUAAUGUUGGAUAUACUACACAUUAUCCAGAAUAUUAUAAAGACCUUUUACCAAGACACAAUAGUAUACAAAUCAUCCCUGAAACAAAACCAAACACCGUAGCUAAUUCUAGAUAUACCCAACCGAGUUAUACCGCCAUUUUACCAGAUCAUAAUAGUGCACAAGUUAUCGCUGAUACAGGGACAAAUGAUGUGAUCAAUUCUGGGUACGUACAGCCCAGUUAUUCAGGAUAUUAUACAGGCAUUUUACCAGGACAGAACAGUGAACAGGUCAAUGCUGAAGCAGAGGCAUAUGCUGCACCUGAUUCGGGAUUCACGCAGCCAAGUUAUCCAGGAUAUUAUACAGGCACUUUAACGGGACAAAAUAGUGAAACAGAGGCGAAUAGUGCAGCCAAUUCUGGGCAUAUGCACCCAAGUUUUCCAGGAUACUAUACAGACGCUUUAUUCGGACAGAAUAGUGUACAAGCACCAAAUUAUCCAAUUAUGCCACCAGCCUAUUAUACAGCAGGCUUACAUCCUAGUUAUCCCCUAUCAACAGAUGCCUGGUCCUCUGUACAAGGAAAUACAUUACCUUCAGCCGAUGCUAAAGUCUAUGCAAAUAAUUUCGUUCCCGAAAAUUUGAGUACCGUUAAACACCAAACUGUGAUUAGACCUAUUUACAGUUAUAAUGGUGCUACCACUUUAAAUUAUAUACACCAUUUGGAGAACGUAGCUGCUUUUGGUGAUGCGCACCACAGGGAAGACAAAUGGGUCCCAUUUACUGAUUCAUCCCAAUCGUCUGGUAGCAGUGAUUUACGCUCAACCGAAUCAUCUAGUGUAUCUGUGUCAAGUUCGUACACUAUUUCUUCCUCGUCCUCUUCAGAAGCAUCAUCAGCGGAGACAAAGGAAUUAAGACGAGCAACAGAAACAUAUAGGACCUGUUAUGCGUGUCCUCAUGAUAUGAUGAAGAAACAUUCUAACCGCGGCAUCAAAUGGAUUUGUGGCGCUUACCAAAGAGCCCGAAGAACAUUUAAGAGUGAAUGUAUGAUGCGUUACAGGAACUGUCAAGAUGGCACCAUUGAUGUUGCACUGUCGAAUUUACCAACGGGUACAACUGAAGUAGACAAUCUUCUAGACGAUAAAAUAAAAAAUGAUUCUAUUAUUCUCAAUUCCAAAAAGGUAAAAACAAGAAGAAAAAAUAAGAAAAAGCAGCGGUCAACAUCCUCAUCAUCCGAUGAAAAGGGAAAGAAGUCAAAGUCUGGAACUGGUGAAUCACUCAGUUUGUCGUACGAUGAAUCAUUGUCAACGUCAACAUCUACAGAGGUAAAGAAAGAUAAAAAGAAGGGUAAGAAGAAGUAUGAACCUGUUUCCUCUAUAGAAAGACGCGGGUGUACACAACCUCGCGGAGAACAUUUCUUCUACGAUUAUCAUGCCCAACUUACUGACGAUGAUUCGAGCAGCACCUCCGGAACCAGCAGUGAAACUGAAGAUAGUUCCAGCUCGUCAUUUUAA